AACAGCGAUAACACUGUGGUCACGCAACGUGUAACACGACGGCGGCUUCUGCCAUGUUGGGCUGCAAAGUUGAAUAUUCUAAGUUACCACGUGACUGGAUGGGACAGCCUACCUCUAUCUUCCAUGACAAGUAACCUAUCUUAAUACUAAAAUAAGCUGCUUUUUGGACUUGAUGGCAACCUCGUUCCCAGGGUUCUCUCCUACCCGUAGGGCGGGUAGGAGAGAACCCUGGGAACGAGGUUGACUUGAUGGCUCUGCCUUGAAUGCCCCUUAUCCAAUGCUCGUGCGGUUUGGGAUAAACCUGAGCAAUUCAUCAUGAUUCUCCCACGACCAGUUGACGUAAUGAUACCGUGUUGCAAGGAUCGACUGCAGUUUGCCUUAGCUGUACUAGACAGCAAGCAGGCUCUCCGGGGCGCUCUGUUAGCGGAGCGGGAAAAGGAAUUUGAGCUUGCAACUACGUCUCUGGAAUUUGAAUAUCUGUAUCGAAAACGUCGAUGCGAGAUGCUGAUUGGCGGAGAUGACAAUGAACUUUCACGCGUUUUUCAAUGUUUGUUUACAUUCGCGCUCGUUCCCGCUUUGCGCUGA